UCAGCAAAUGAUCAAUGCCUUGGACGAUAUCGUAGCCAAGUGCAAGGAACGACACAUCCAAAUCAUCGUCGACGCCGAAUCUCAGGACUUCCAAAAGGGUAUUGCCCGUGUUGCACUUGAACUUAUGCGCAAGUUCAAUCGUGAUGGGAGAGUCGUCCUCUACAACACGUACCAAGUGUAUCUCAAAGCUACACCGGAAGUCGUGGCUAGACAUCUUGCUGAGGCGGAGAAAGAUGGUUUCACACUCGGCUUGAAGCUCGUGAGAGGAGCGUACAUCGCAUCAGAAGACAGGUCUUUGAUCCACGAUACAAAGCAAGAUACGGAUGAUGCAUACAACAGCAUUGCACAAGGAGCUUUGCGUCAGCACAUUGGGAGAUUUGGUGGGGAUGGAGCUGACGCUCGCCCAUUUCCGUCAGUGAACCUCUUCCUUGCAAGUCACAACAGGGACAGCGUAAUAUCAGCACAGAGAUUGCAUCGACAAAGGACAGAGGCAGGUCUACCCACUGUUCCAGUCGCAUUCGGGCAGCUGCAUGGUAUGUCUGAUGAAGUCAGCUUCUCGUUACUACAGGAGAAGGGCAGUGAUGGUAACCCUCCGGAUGUCUUCAAGUGCUCGACAUGGGGAAGCAUAGGAGAAUGCGUAGGUUACUUGAUGAGGCGGGCGAUAGAGAACAGAGACGCCGUAUUGAGGACAAACGAUGAAUUCAUUUCGUUGAAGAAAGAAGCGGCCAGGCGUUUGAGGUCAGUAUUUAGGGCAUGACGUCUUGAGUAAGGUCGGCGUGUAUAACCAAUGCAUGGCGGAU